UCUAUUUAAUUCCACCACUCUACUGUAAUGCAGAUGACCAACUCAUGCAAUGGUUCACUAAUCAGAGGACCAUCUAUGGAAAGGUCACCGCACUUGGGACCAAAACAGGGUCAGCUGGCAGCACACUGACAGAGAGGAAUAGGUGGAUCGAGGAGAAGUGGCGGUUCCUAUCAGGGCAUAUUGUGCGUGUAGUGACCAGGACUAGCGCACCCAAGGAACAACACAUCAUUGAGCAUGCGUUCGAUGAUCCUCUGGAAGGGACUUCCACGCCGAGCCCAUCCACCAGCCAACAGCACCGCAGUAGGCAUAUUUCCAGCAUCGACCUCACCACACCCGGAGGUGCUGAAGAAGGGACAGAUGGAAACAGCAUUAAAAGUCUCCAUAAUACUGUUCGAGACGGUAUUAAAUUGUUGGAGGAAGGACGCCUGAGACCGAACAGCUUUAUGCAGAGGGCAGUAGACUUCUGUCAAGCUAUUAUGGAAGAAGAAAUAAAUGGACAAUGGGAUUUUGUAUGGAAUAUGAUCAAUGGGGCAAUCACUAUGCGAAAUAAAAAGUUAAUGGAAGCACGUGCACCUGAGGCGCAGCGUCCACUGGUUCCUCAGCCUCGCCCGCCUCACUUCUAUGACCAGUAUACAGAUAGGACAUAUGGAUUGCCGCAUGCAAUGGGAGCACAGCCACCAUUCCGUGCUGAACAGAGACACUCACCAUCACCACUGAUGUUUACAGAGCAGCAGCCUGCUAGAAAUCCACCUUUGCCUUUUGUUUACGGAGAGGGCCGUGCACAAACACCAUUUCAAGAAGGGGCAGAUGGUUUCGCUGACGUCAAUGACUCCAGUUAACCCUCGGACGUUGAGAAUUAUUUACGUGGUGUUUAAUUAACCGUUUGAGUUUUAGUUUAUUUUAG